CAUGUCCCACCCGAGAUUCUUGGCACCCCAAAGUGGGUGCUCGAUCCACUUGGCCUGAUGUCGAGCACACAGGUUGAUGCAUUGCUAACAGCUGCAAGCGAAGGCCAGUGGGAGAAGUGCGAAGAGAUUACAAGAAAAGAACCUGCAUGCUUAGAGGUUUGCGAUCCAGAAGGACGUACAGCUUUGAUCCUUGCAGCAAAAUCUGGUCACUUGAAGGCUUGUGAAGUCCUCAUAUCAGCUCGAGCAGAUGUGGAGGCUACAGACGUGUAUGACAAGACUCCGCUGGCAUAUGCUGCUGCAGCCCAAUAUACGGAGAUUGCCAGCCUCGUGCUGGAUCAUGGAGCGGAGGUAGAGGCAACAGACUGCAUUGUGAGAGAUGUGGGCUGCUCUCUCUUGUAGACUUGUAGCCUAAGCGAACUUCACCAGCAGAAAGUCACGCGGUCAAAGCAACCGCAGCUCCUAAAAAUCUGGGAAUACUGUGCUAUCA